AUAAAGAACAUAUACAAAGCUUGAUAUAUAACAAUGGCUAAGUAUACCGUAGCUCUUGUCUUGGCGGCCGUUCUUCUCUCCUCUGCUUCCUCUGUGCUUGCCGACUCUGGCACUGCCACUUACUACACGCCUCCCUACACUCCAUCAGCUUGUUAUGGGAACGAAGACGAAGGAGUGAUGAUCGCUGCUGCGAGUGAUGUAAUAUGGGACAACGGUGCCGCAUGUGGCCGGAGGUACUCGGUCACAUGCACCGGUCCGACGAACCAAGGCGUGCCACAACCAUGCAAAGGAACCAGUGUUGUUGUCACCGUCGUAGACUAUUGCCCUGCUGGUUGCCAAGGUACCAUUGACUUGUCUCAAGAGGCUUUCUCCAUCAUUGCUGAUCCUGAUGCUGGCAAAAUCAACAUUGACUUCACCCAGGUCUAGGGUGGAGCGCUAUAAAAGAAUGAUUAAUCAUCUAUAUAUGGUUGACAUCUUCUAAUUAUGAAUUACAAGGUUUUAACUCAAAAGAAACUAUGUCUUUUAUGGUGGUAAUAAAUAAAUAAAUGUU